UGUCUGGAACACAUCUGGUAUGUACACUCCUCUAUAUCUUGGCGAUAAUGUAUAUACAGUUUCUGGAGUAAUGUAGAAAUUUUAUGAAUACAAGUCUAUUUCUAUGGAGAUAUGAGGAUCAGAAGACGCACCGUGUGUACAGGAACUGAUCAUCAGAAAAUGACGGAAAACAACAACGACCACGAGUGUGAAGGAAACGUCAGCACCUCCGCCCAUAGCAACCAAUCAGAGCGCAGCUUCUCUCAUCUCCCUCCCCUAGUAACCGGAGCUGUCUUCUGAUUGUAGCCGCUCAGUUGCCGCCGAUGUCUAUGUGAUUAUAAUGGACAGGGCCGCGGUAUUACAGCGCUGAACAUGAAGACUGUAACAAUCCAAUCACCUCCAUGUACCGGAACAUCCGCAGUAACAGCCGAACACCUCCCCCCACGGAAAGGAAAUGGUACAACCCGAGCGCGUUACUCUCCAAUCAGAGCUCAGUUCAUCAGCCAGGCCCCGCCCCGUCCCACCCCGCCGUCUCCAUGGAGACCGGAGCCGCUUCCUGCAAACUUCAUCUGAACUGUGGAGUCCGAGUGUGAGUAACAAAUGCAUUAUGGCGGAUUUGGGCCAUCACCGCUGCCAUAACUGUAAUAUGGUUUUCCGCUCCCUCCUGCUCCUGGAGAAGCACAGAGAGAAGUUCUGCAUCGGAAGCCAAAUAGGAGACCCGACCGUCCUGGGCCCCCGAUACACGGGGCCACACGCAUCCGGCGCCAGAGAGUUCCCCCGCCUGGCGGAGACGCCUGAUUUCAAGACACGAGAGAGCAUCGCACGACUGAGGGCGAGAGAGAACCUGCUGAAUGAGCGGGAACAACGUCUGAUCGGUGAAUAUGGGGGGACGACGGGGACCCUCACGGACAGCAAAGCGUUAACUAACCUGACGGAAGAGUUCCACAAGUUGAGGAAAUCUCUGGAGGUCUCUGUCCCGACUCUUCGUACUUAUCAGUUUCAGGCCGAGCCUGGACCUUCCUAUCACUGGGAUAGAGAGUACCAAGAGCGCAUCCAGGAAAUGACGGAAGCUCACGAGCGACAUCUCGCCGACAUACAUUCACGGAACCAGGCGCUGGAGAUGCAGAGAGAAGAAAUCCGCCAGCGCCUGUCAGACGUGGUCAGCAGCGGCAGCUCCACCAGCCACAUCGAACAGAUGCUCCUGGAAUUAAAGGCCCAAGAGGAGAAGAACCAACUGGCCCUGGAUGAUCUAAGGGACCAAGUGGGGCUCAUCCAGUCCGAGAGCAGGGCUAAAACAGAGAAAGUGAACAAAGAGCGUCCGUCCAGCACAUCCACGAAGAAGGAGAUGGUUCCGCUCACCAUCCUCCCCUAUCCGGUCCGCGGGAGCAGCCUCUCCUCUGAGAUCAGCGCUCUCCAGCUUGCCUAUGUCCAGAGUGGAGGGAGUGACCCCGCCGUCCUGGCACAGAUGAGGGACCUGCAGGCCGAGGCCUUGGCAUUCGAAGAGUUUUCCCACAAACAGGACCGGAAAGAGAAGAAGAAGAAACGGUACGAUGGCGCCCCCCGAACUCUGGAUGUGGAACUUAUGGCAGUCGAGCUUGAAAAUCAGCGUCUUGAGGAGGAAAUCUUUCAUGUAAAGAUGCAUCGGAGCAGGAAAAAGAUAGAGAACGGGGACUCUGAGGUCGCUGAGUUACAACGUGAACACAUUCUGCAGAUGUCUCAGCUCCAGGCGGACAUUGAGAUGCUCAGAAGGGAUGUCACCCGGAUGCCACCUCGGGGGACCCAUGGGCCUCCACCUUUCCAGCCUCCACUUCCACCCCCGAUGCACCCGUCUGGACAACCUCUAGGAAAACCAGAGCCAACUAUAGCCCUGGGGGGUGUGGACUCUAUGCGGCCUUUAAGCCCCACAGUGAAGAGACAUAUGGUGGAGCCCCUGGAUGCGCUGGGCCCGGCCCCAUAUGACCCGGUGGCCGGAUUCGUCAUCUUCUACGACUUCAUCCUGGGCCUGGAGCCGACGUUCCAGAAGGUGCGGCUGGUGAACGGGCUGUACAGUAAUGGGCACAGAAUGGGGCAACCUUCUCCGCUCCCAGACGCCCUGUGCGAGGUGUGGAACGCUCCUCAACACCUGGCGAAUAACCCCAGAGGGAACAUCGCAAUGUUACGGACCAAGCAACCCAUUCCAAGGGUUCGGCCUUCCUCCUCCAUCUCUCUGGUCACGGAGCUUCAGGCGGCCGGAGGAUUUAACCCCUAUGGCCAGGAGGUUCAGCACCUGUCGUCUUCCGGGUGGACGAAGCUCGAUCUGUUCGAUCAGCAUAACCAGGUCCUGAGCGGCCGCUGGAAGCUGCCAUUGAGGGCCCUACCCCUACGGCCGGGCCUGAGCACCGGACAGCUCAACACAGUCCCGCAGGUUGGGAAAGCAGAACUUUAUGUCCGCGUCAUCAAUGCCAGAGACGCCGAUCUCCAGUCCAUGGCGGAGAUAGACCCCAGGAAUUCAUCGCUCUACCAGUACCCUCCGCUGAUACCUGGUCUGACUGCAGCUGCCAUGGAUAACCCUGUGCCCCCGCCGGCUCACCAGCAGCCCCCCAGCUCUUUUCACCUGGCUCUCACGCCGUUCACUGACUAUGUUGAUCCACCCCCGAUCCAGGAGCUGCCUCAGCCAAAACCCAGUCAGAGGAGAUGAAUAGACAAGAAGGUGACAGAAUCCAAGAUGCCCAGGAGGGAAAUGACACUGUUCUUCUCUGAGGAGAUAAGAAGUCUGUAUAGAGACCCCAGAACAUUCCGCCAUUUCAGACUCACUGGAGGUUUAUAUCAGAUUUCACGUAGAAAAGACAAAGAGUGAACCCAGCGGGAGGUGACAAGUAUCUGCAGGGCGUACAGCUGAGCCGAGACCGCGCAACAUUUAUUCUCACCAGUCGUCCUGCACUGAUCUAUUCUAUAGAGAGGAGCAGUGUAAUUCCAUUAGUCCUCCUCUCCCUGUGGGGGCAGUAUCCAAUACUCUUCACACCUCUGUGAUUCCAACAUUGAUUCUUUUUGUCUCUUACUGUAAAUGUUCACAAUCCCUGAU